UACUUGUUCCCAUAUCGUUAGUAUUGCCACAUGUAGGCUAAAAUGUCGGCUGCUUCGGUCCUCUCAUCGGUGUACGAGGGUACACGCGAAAGCAAUGGGGUAAUUCAAGCGCUGCUAACAGAUCUAUACCAAAUUACUAUGGCUUAUGCAUACUGGAAAAGUGGAAAGAUGGAUGACAGAGCAAUUUUUGAUCUUUUUUUUCGACGGAAUCCAUUUCAAGGAGAAUUUACUCUCUUUGCUGGUCUAGAGGAAUGUGUCAAACUCCUACAAAACUUUCGAUUUUCAGAGAGUGAUAUAAGUUACCUAAGAAAAGUUCUGCCGCCACAUGUGGAAGAUGAGUUUUUCCAGUAUCUUUCCAACAUGACAGCUAAUGCAGUCACACUUUCUGCUGUUGAUGAAGGGACAGUGGUUUUUCCAAAAGUACCUAUGAUAACAAUAGAGGGUCCACUGGCUGUUGUCCAGCUUCUGGAAACUCCUUUAUUGAAUCUUAUCAACUAUGCUAGUCUUGUAGCCACCAAUGCUAUGAGGUUUCGCCUGGCUGCAGGCCAGGACAAAGUUCUGCUGGAGUUUGGUCUACGUCGUGCACAGGGACCUGAUGGAGGACUCAGUGCCUCUCGCUACUGUUACAUGGGGGGAUUUGAUGGAACAAGCAAUGUGCUGGCAGGGAAAAUGUUUGGUAUCCCAGUGAAAGGUACUCAUGCCCAUGCUUUUGUCACCUCAUACAGGGACCUGAGAGAAGUCAAGUGCAGAAACCUUUUUCGAAAAGAUAACUUGGAAAAAGUGGAUUUUAUUGACCUCUGCUUAGUGUGGCAGCAGAAAUUAUCAUCAAUUCUCAAUUUUCUUGUUGAUCAAGUGAGUGAAGGAGAACUUGCAGCCUUCAUAUGCUAUGCCCAAGCUUUUCCUGACCAAAUGCUGGCUUUGAUUGAUACCUAUGAUGUCAUCAAGAGUGGUCUUCCAAACUUUUGUACAGUUGCCAUGGCACUGCAUGAGCUUGGUUACAAGCCUCGUGGAAUCCGACUUGAUAGUGGAGACCUUUCUUACCUGUCACGUGAAGUCCGCAAGGUGUUUAAAUUAGUUGCAAACUCAUUUGAUGUACCCUGGUUUGAGAGGCUGACCAUUGUAGCCAGUAAUGACAUCAAUGAAGAUACUAUUCACUCCCUCAAUACACAGGGACAUGAUAUUGACUGCUUUGGGAUCGGAACACACCUAGUGACAUGUCAAAAGCAGCCCGCACUUGGGUGUGUUUUCAAGCUUGUGGAGGUGAAUGACAAACCAAGAAUGAAACUAAGUGAAGAUGUGGAAAAAGUCACCAUUCCUGGAAGAAAAAAAGCAUAUCGCCUCUAUGGGCAUGAUGGCACAGCACUAGUGGACCUCAUGCUACAGCCUUCAGAGGAUCCCCCUUCUCUAGGACAGCGAUUUCUAUGCAGGCAUCCAACUAUGGAAUCAAAACGAGCAUAUGUAGUUCCAGCCGAAGUCCAACCACUUCACCAUGAAUACUGGAAAAAUGGCGAGGUUAUACGAGACCUACCAAAUCUUACGGAACUCCGCAAGAAAGCAUCGAAGUCCUUACAGACUCUCAGACAAGAUCAUAAACGCACACUCAACCCCACACCAUAUAAGGUGUCUGUCAGCUCCAACCUGUACACCUUUAUACAUGACUUGUGGCUAGAGAGUACACCCAUAGGAGAACUUUGUUAAUUGUAAAUCCCCACAGUGAGUUGCUGCUUCCUUUCCAUUUGAAGAAUUGUCACCGGUGGCAUCAUAGAAAAGUUUGGAUGUUUUAAUCACCAGAAGACUGCAAAUAAUUUGAGUCUGCAGAUUUUCUUUAACAAGCAAAACUCCCCUUUUUCCUCCUUUCCUCUUCAACCCCUCCCUUAUCCACAGCCUUUUCAUUUUUGUCUGCUUCUCUGUCUUUACCGUCUGUCUGCUGGGUAGUCUAGUGAUGUAGUUGUCACCAGUAUUGGUGAGGAUCAGGUGUCUUAGGUGGACAUCGCUGUUCUUAGGCAGCCAUAGUGGGUGGCAUAGUGUAAAAAAUUCUUCUGUAGCUUUUUGUCAUUCUCCAUCUCUCUAAUUUUUUUGGCAAUCUCAUUUAUGUUUCUGUUAGAAUACUGUCAUCUGUAUCUGAAAAAGAAAUGUUUGAAUGCAAUCAUGCAAUCAUAAUCUGUGAUGUUUUGCAUAAUUUGUAUUAUAAUAGUUUGGGGUUUUUUGGUUGAACUGGCUGUCAAAUAUUUAUUUAUAUAACACUAGUUUUUAACCAGCAUGUGUUCAUUUUCCACACUUUACAUGAUUUUAUUUUGUCGUGCUAAUUGAUAAUCUUCUGGAACAUCUUUGUUCCUCUUUUUUAUUGUGUUUUUAAAAUGCAUUGCUCACAUCAAUAAUGUUCAUUAUUUAGUGACAUGGAAAUUCUGAAAAAAAUAGACAAUCUGGAUGAAAAGAAAAACAUAAAGAAAGGAUAUAAUUUAGUUCCUGUAUGACUUCAUGAGUUGCCAUGGAUACAGCUUGCUUUGUCUCCUGUUAUUUAUGACUCAGGAAGCAAUGGAACAACCAUAACUUCUUAAACAGCUUAAGUACAUGCACUGACCUGUUUGCAUUUAUAAAUAAAACGGAGAUAUGUUGAAUCUAGCUAUGUACACCAAUUUUCUUUAUGUUGCAUUAGAUAUAUAAAUAUGACAAGCAUCCACUGUGCAUAUAUGUAAACUGAUGCUGUUUUUAUAUUUUUAAAACUAACUUUGAGCAUCAAAGUUAUUCCAAAAUAGAUAUUACUUUGUAUUUGUAAGUGUUUACUUACUUUGAUAUGCAAUGACUUGCCUAUAAGCUAAUGAACACCUUUUCUAUUACGUGAAUCACCUGUUGUAUUUGACAGCAUAAAUAGUACUAGUACUAUCAUAGUAUCUAAAUCAACUAUUAAUACUUAUCUAUUUGACAUCUCUCCUAAGAAUGUUGAUUUUGAAGGCCAGUGACUGUAUUCAAAACAAAUGCUACAUAAUUCAAAAAAUAAAGAAAAAAGAAUAUUUUGAGUAUAUACAGAUACCAUGUUUAUCACCAUUAAUUAUUUAUUUGCUAACUCAUUAACAAAAAAGUAAAAUCAAAACAGGACUUCAUAUUUUUUUUCCUGCUUUAAGCCCCUAGCGCAUAAAAACAAAUCUGAUACAUUUACCCUUACUUAAGCUUUACACUACAAUACAUUCCUGGGAUAGCAUCACACAUUCUGCCUCCGGACAACUGUGUUAGAAACCUAAUUAUCUAGUGUCAUGUCUGUAAACAAACAAAUCAUAAUAUACAUGUGUUGGACUGAGAACGUAUAGCCUGCACGUUCUCUAAGAAAAUGCUUAUCUGGAAACAAAUCAUGCAGACCAAUUUCAUUUUUUCUUUUAGAAGUCCAUGGAAAUGGCGUUUAAUACUUUGUAGAUGAUGAGAAUGUGACAGAUGUAUCAUCAUUGGUUGGCAAGUGUGCAGCUCAAGACAGACAACAUGUGCACUAGAAGCUGUCUUAUGAGCAACUGUAUGUAUAUAAGUGUAUUAGGUACAGAGGGUAAUAGUGAUCUGUGCAGUGAAGACCUAUCCAUGUAAAAAAAAAUAGGAUACCUCAUCAUUAACUAGUCAUGGCUUUCAAGUUAAAAUAAUGUCAGUUGAUUAAAAUGUACCAAAUCAGUAACAUCACAAAUGCACUUUAAAACUAAAUUAAAAUUUAAAAAAAAAACAGCAAAGCAUGAUGUCUGCUGGGUACAGUUGGCAGGAGGCAACAGGAAAAUGCAGGUAUCUAACCAUGAGUUGACAAAGCUUAUGCUUAUGGAUGGACUGCAGAAAGUAUACUUACUGAAGAAAUAUCAAGCAUCUAUAAGGCAGUCGACAGAAGAAAAAUAAAUUGCAUUUUCAAAUUAAAAACUGCCACCUCUGUAUCUACUUCUGUAAGAUCUGAAAACCUUUACAUUUUUUAAAACUUUUAAAUGGUUAUAUUUUUACAAUGGAGGGCAGUACAGGGUACAUGUAUUUGAGUUUUUUUUAAAGUAAACUAAUAUUUGAUGUUGCCUCAUUUGCAAAAACAUGGGCAAAAUAUUACAUUAUUUUGUUAUUGAGGAUUAUGUUAGAGAAUUUAAAGUUGUAUUUCAGUUUUGAGUACACCUGAAGUUCUUUGCUAUGACCUGUUUUACAUUCUAAGUCAUUACAUGCUCAUAUAUGUCCAAUUGAGAGUGCUCAUUUAAGAUAAAAGUUUGAUGAUAAUAACUGCAUGUGAAAUAUUACUCAUUCAUUUCAGAUAAUCAUUUGUAAGUCAACCCACCUAGCAUAAUCCUUUUCCUUCCCCAAUGGACCAUUAAGAUUUAUUGUUUUUAUGGAAAAUAUGUAUUUGUCAUAUUAUGAAAUCUGGAACUUAUAUGUAAUAGUCUGGACGUGUAUAAAUAUACACCAAUUGUGAAUUUUAUAUCUUAUCUAAUACAUAGCAACAUUUUCUUUAAAACUUGAACUACCUUCUAGAAUUCCUUGAUUACAGUAAAUUUUAAAGUCUGUAAUGCAAAUAAGAAAACAUUUAUUUCAUUGCUAUAGACAAAUGUAGAGUUUAUAUGCUAUAUAGAUUUUCAUAGUACAUUGCCUGUGUACUGUUAUUUUUUGUGGAGGUAAGGAUAUAUCCAGCAAUAUAUAUGCAAUGCCACUUUGGGUGUUUGUAAACUUCGUAUUUCUCAUGGAGAAAGACAUUUUUUUUAAAUAAUGUUUUUUUCCAAGCCACACUUGGCUAUAAUAAUAAUAAUUUAGUGUUUUUUUCUAGCAUCCAAUUUCAGAAAAAAACCUGAAAUAUACAUGAGUUCCUCAUAUUCCAUAUGGAGAAUGCUGUUUAAGUGCAGAACCAUUAUAUGAAGGUCAGACAAGAAAAAAGAAAUUUAUUGGAAUGCUAAUGCACUACUUUUUCGUGGAUUAAUAAAUGUAACAGCACAAUUUAGAUAUAUUAUAUUAGCAAAUGUGCACAUUUUCUAGCAGCAUGCACUUUCAUAUUUUAAAAUAUUCCUUUAUUUACUUAUAAGCAGCAUAUGUAUCCAUUUAGAAUUAAAAUUACUGUAAGAUAUGAAAUGUUUUUGAAAUGUAGUAAAAAUCAUGGACUCCUUCUAAUGCACAUUUUUUUAAUUCAAUUUAUAAUAUAAGGACCAUUAAGUCAGGUGCAUAUAUAUUUACAUAUUUGUUUAAAAUAAGCAAUUUUUGUUAACUAAAUUAUUGUGCAUACAGUGCCUUUCCUAAAUAUGAAAUCUUUGCAACAUGAAGAUUAUGAGGCUACAAAAAAUGUGUGCCAUAUAUUCCAAGUACAGAACCUUUUGCAGCAGAAAUAAAUAAUCUUUAAAUAAAAUUAACUAAUGUUUUGAACCAAAGCUGCAUUGGAUUUAAUAGGACAUACCAUGUUUUGUGCAACAUUACUACAACAUCAAGUUUUUUAAAUUCCCCUGGCAUCUGGCUUCAGUUAUGUGAUUUUUUUAUGGUGGGUCAGCCACUUGUCUUAUGCAAAUGUCUGUUAUUUAAAGUGGUGGAAAUAAAACAGUUUUAUGUGAGUGCCCCAGUUUUUUCUAUUUUUAGCCAUUUAAUUUUGUUUAGACCUGUCUUGUGUAUGUGUGUGUGUUUAAGUUUGGGGAUGUCAGGAAUUGGAAAUAAAAUGUAGAAGACUGGACUAAUUAAGAAAGUGGUGAGGAGGUUUAUCUGAAAAUGAAAGGAUAACUGAAACCUAAUUUAGCAAGACAUAAAGAGAAUAAAAUCAUUAUAUUUGUCCCACUACUCUUUCAGGUACCUGCAUGAUACACUAUACAACAAUGUGAUUGGCCUUUUCUCCAGUCCCACCGCAAUAAACAUGUUAUUCAUGCUUUGGAGAGAAUGAAUCCCAUUAAAAAGGAUAAAUAAGUUGAAGGCUAGUGAAUACCUGCUGAAGCAUAAUACAUUCUGACUGGACUGGCUUGUUUGUACAGAAUGUGAAAUUCCAAUGAACAAGAAGUCAGGGACCUUUUAAGGAAACAUGGAAGAGAUAUAUGGGUAGUAAUGUUAUCAUAGGGCGAAGAAAUGUUAAGAAACAGGUUUGCUAAUCAAAAGAAAAUCUUAUUUUAUUUGCCUGUUUACAGCUGCUUUAUUUUAAAGCAUUUGGAGUGUAAUUAUAAUUUUCACUGAUUAAACAUGACAUUUAUUCCUUUGUUCACCUGUAUGUGAUGCAAUAGAAGUUAGAUUGCUGAGUCACUGACUGACAUUAGACCGCCUUAGAAAUUGUCCUGGUUCUUGUGGUCUGUAGCUGGCUUGAAAGAAGAAUGCUACAUCGUGCAUAGUUUAUUCCUUGUUACUCCUGGAGGAUUGUAGGGCUGCAACAUUGUGCAUAGUGGGUUCAUUUCUUUCUUAAAUUGUGCUGUUAUUUGAAAUGGUUGUAUAGCUUUAAUGUCCACUCUGUUUUAACAUGGAAUGGUAUAUUUUGCUUAGAGACUAACAGUAGUUUGUCUCAUUAGCAUACAGUCAUAGUAAAUUAUAUAUUUGUAUAACCAUUACAAAUGCAUGUUGCUCCUUCGCCUUUAUUGUUGAUUUUUGAUAUUGUCCAUUGCCUAAAUCUUAAGAGAAAUGUUUAAUUCUGCUCUUUCCUUGAACAGUGAUGUUUGCGUCUUUGUGUACUUAAGAUUAAGGAAAAUCUUUUUAGAUGCAAUAGAGUUCAAGAAUGUACCCUGUGAUGAUUUAUACUGUUUAACAACUUUGUGGUUGGAUUGAAAGACUGUUUCUUAAUCAAGCGUAGAUUUGGAAAUCUUUUUAUUUCGAUCUUAAUAUUUUUGGUAUUUUAGAAAGUGUAUGCUGUCAAUAGACACUAGCAGCUAGCUGCAUAUGCAUUUUCUUGGCAAUUCUGAUUGGUAAAUAAAAAUAUUUUUUAAUUUUGAGAUUAUUUAAAAUUCAUAAACCUUUCUAGUUGUUUUACAAGCAUUUAAAUUGCUUUUGUUAUUGCUAUAUCUUUAUUGUACAUAACAAGCAGCAGUUAUCUUUUAUAGCUCUAUAAAAACCGGCAGAACAUCUGCAUUUCAUUACUGCCUACAUAUUAUGAUCUAGGUGCAGUCUAGAACAUAUACAUAAUCAAAGACCUUAUCAGUUCUAUAUCAAACCGUUAACCAAUCUUCAUAAAAUAUGCAAAUCAAUGUUCAAAAUAUUCAUCUUCAUAAUUGAUUUGUUGUCUACACCUAUCAAAAUCUCUUUGUUUGUAACCCUUGCAGCAGGGAAAGUUUUUAUUUACUUUUUUUUUGUUUACAUAUUUUUGGUGAUGUGGGUGCCAUUGAUGGGUUUUGCAAAGCGUGUUGUUAUACCUAACCUGCGAAAUUCCUGUCAGAUCAGUUCGAGGUGUUUGUGCCUUUAACAGUGAAUGUGAACUUUUUUUUUUUUUUUGUCUGCUUUGUGACAGCAUUUUACAUGAUAUUCAGUGGCAUAUUGAAUUAUUUUGGCAAUCCUUUGAGUACUAUUUAACAUUUAAAUAUGCCGUCUAUCUCCAGCAGUAGGAAUAGGUAACUUUGUUGUGUUUAAGUCAGGCAUUACUACACAAAGUGAAACAGCUGUAAUUUCAUUACUAUAUAUUUAUUACUUCCCUGUUACAGAAUUAUUGGAAUAAAGCGUAAUAAUUUCAUAAAUUCACUUACCAUAAACUUUAAGACUCUUAGGGUUAUGUUUUCAACAUUAUCAGCAUUUGUCAUAUCCUUGAUGCUUUGUCAUUUUUAAUCUCUUUUUCUCUUCUUUAACGAUAAAGUUUAUUUUGCUCAUAUUGAUUGCUUGGAAAAAUUGCAUGCCAGCGGUAGCCAAUUAUUUCUGUUUUCAGAAACAUAUAAAAAGCUAAAGCUUAUGUGAUAAUGUGAGAAUCUUCAGUUGUUGGCACUUUUAAUUGCUGUUGCUGCUGCUUCUUGUUGCAGCUAUGAUGUGGAAAGAUGAAAAAAACGACACAGUUGAUUUUUGUUGCUGAAUGGUUUCUUUGCUUGGGAUUUCUGGCUAAAUGUAUUAAGUUCCUCUGUUCAUUGUUUUAUUCCUUAUUUGGCUCACCCAUACCAUAAACAGAAUGAUUAAAUA